CAACCUUUGGUAGCUUCGUUGGAAAGUAAAGAGUUUGUUUUAAACUUAGUAAAUGUUCCAAUAUUGCACCUAAGAGUGCCAUGCUCAAAUGAGAAAUGAUACUUUUAUUGUAUUUUCUAUAAUGCUGGUCUUGAAUUUUUUUGUGAUGAGAGAUAAUUUGCAAAAAUAAAUACUGGAACUUUCGGUCAAUAGUUAGUAUUCUGUGGCGAGUUGACCCACCUUCUCACUCCUCAAAGCGUUCCGCCUCGAAUAAGCUACAAGUUAGAAGUUUAAUGCAAUACGGAAAACAGUGAGGAACUGGAUAGGUUAAAAAUUCCCUUUUAUGCCGGCUAACAGUUCCACUGAGCCUUUAAGAUGGGCAGAGUUGCGGCCUAACGGUGGGGCUGUGGGUUGCAGAGAGAACAGCAGAUUCACAGCAAUGAUGCAAACUGUAGCUCCCCCCGCUGUCAGUGCAAUUCUGCUGGACAUCGAGGGGACCACCACUCCGAUCUCCUUUGUAAAGGAUGUUUUGUUUCCUUACAUCAAAGAAAAUGUGAAGAGCUACCUUCAUACACACUGGGAUGAGAAGGAAUGUCAGGAAGACGUAGACCUUUUGAGAAAACAGGCUAAAAAUGACGAGGAAUUAGAAGGAGCAGUGCUAAUUCCAGAAUGGUGUUCCGGUGAGAAUGCUGACAAGGAACAAGCUCUUGAAAUGGUGACAAACAACAUCUUGUGGCAGAUGUCCCAGGACAGGAAGACCACAGCUUUGAAACAGCUGCAGGGCCACAUGUGGAGGGAAGCCUUUCUACGUGGAGAAGUGAAAGGAGAAGUGUAUAAAGAUGUUACUCCAGCAAUUAAAGAAUGGAGGAAAGAAGGCAAGAAGGUAUACAUCUAUUCUUCAGGCAGUGUGGAGGCUCAGAAGCUUCUGUUUGGAUACUCCAUUGAGGGAGACCUGCUGGAGCUUUUUGAUGGUCAUUUUGACACAAAGAUUGGAUCCAAAGUAAAAGCAGAAAGCUACAGAGAAAUCGCUAAAAACAUUGGUUGUUCCACAGACAACAUACUUUUCCUAACAGAUGUAACAAAAGAGGCAAGGGCUGCAGAGGAAGCAGGAGCUCGAGUGAUUCUUGUGGUGAGGCCUGGAAACACAAAGCUGACAGAAGAAGAAGAAAUGUCUCAUUCUAUUAUCACCUCCUUUGGUGAACUCUUAUUAUCUGACCUCAGAGCAAACUGAGCAGCUUCAAAGUCCAAUUAAAACUGUUUUUCUGCAGUAGGAUUGACUGGAGCUAUUUCUCAGCAAGGAUUUUCAUUUAGUUUAUUCUAGUCACAAGAAAAGCAUUUACAAUGAGUUUGUUUUCCACAAAAAAAAUUCCUAGAAAGAGUGAGACAGUGGCUUGUGAUUUACUUUUCCUUGGGUUUUAAGUUUAUGAUCUCAGGAUUGCUGCUGUGGAAAGGUAUUGACACAUGAAGAGUUAAUGACCC